AUGUAUCCACCCCUCCCGCCAGCCCAACUGCGCUAUGUCCGCCGCGGAUAUCUCGCCGCAGCCCUCGUCUGCGUGAUCCAGCUCGCCACCGCAUUCUUCUUCUUUCGGUGGCUCAACGAUCGUCUGGCAAUGGGCUUCUUCAGGCAUCCCCUGCCGCCGUUUCCACCCGACCAGUCUGUCGACUAUCUGCCGGGUGAUGGAAUCCUGGGCCGCCGCGAUGCUGGCGUUGACAGCGAGUGUGGUGGUGAUGGUGCUGUGGGCUUGGGCUUGGGCAGCAAUGCGAGUGACGCGACGUGGACGUGCGCAGCUGCAUACUGCGCAAUGCAGCUUUUGGGUUGGGUGCUGCUUUCGGUGCGCUGUGUGUGA